AUGCGUCUUCUUCCCCUUCUCUCACUCUUCUUUGGGGUAGUCCUCGCAGCCCCAGGGUUGUUACCAUUCUCCACAUUCUCAAACAUCACCAUCUUCACGCCUCCAUCUAACUAUACCGAUCCCCGCGUGCUAUAUGCUCGUACAGUUGAGCUUGAAGGCGGCGUCUUACUAGCAACAUGGGAGAACUACAGCCCUGAGCCACCUCUGGUCUAUUUUCCCAUCUUCAAAAGUAUCGACGGUGGAGAGACCUGGAAAGAGAUCUCCCGUGUAACCGAUCAGGUCAACAACUGGGGUCUCCGAUAUCAGCCUUUCUUAUACGAGCUUCCAAUAUCAAUUGGCAAAUUCAAGGCUGGGACAGUUCUCCUUGCAGGGAAUUCCAUUCCUACGGACUUAAAUUACACCAAAAUCGACGUCUACGCAAGUGAAGACAAAGGCUGCACCUGGGAAUUCGUCUCCCAUGUAGCAUCAGGUGGAGCAGCCAUCCCUGAUAACGGUAUUCCGGCAAUCUGGGAGCCAUUUCUCAUGGUCUAUGAUGGCAAAAUCGUUCUCUACUAUUCCGAUCAGCGAGAUGCUAAUUACGGACAAAAGCUCGUACACCAAGUCUCGGGUGAUCUGCUGACCUGGAAUCCUCUGGUGGACGAUGUCAAGUACCCAGUAUAUACGGCUCGGCCAGGAAUGACGACCAUUACUCAGCUACCGAAUAAGAAAUACAUGAUGACCUACGAAUACGGCGGUGGUCCUCUGGCAUCAGGCAGUACGACAUAUUCUUUUCCAGUCUACUACCGCAUCAGCUCCAGCCCGCUAACCUUCGACGACGCACCCGGCCUCCCUCUCAUUUCGAACGAUGGCACACAACCUACUAGCUCCCCUUAUAUCACGUGGUCGCCGGUGGGAGGCGUGAAUGGCACCAUCAUCGUCAGUUCGGGGAGUCUUAGCCAGGUAUUUGUUAACCAGGCGUUGGGUGAUGCGGGUGCGUGGAAAACGGUGGGGACGCCGGAGGGUGUGUCGUAUACGAGGCAUUUGAGGGUGUUUCGGGAGCGUUCAAAUCAUUUGUUGAUUAUGGGGGGUGGAAUUUUGCCGCCGAGUACGACGAAUAGGAUUUCGGCUAGUGUGAUAGAUUUGCAGAAGAGUUUGCUAAGUGCUAGUUGA